AUGACCGCCGCACCAGUCUCAGUGGCGAGCCUGAGAAACCACCCGGAUAAUGCCAAUUUGCCAACCUCCAACCAGCCUGCCACAAUCAUAGGAACUACUGUUGCUUUCCUCAGCAUUGCAUUCAUCACCCUAAGCCUACGGAUGUGGAUCCGUAUCAAAGACCGUCUUUGGGGCUGGGAUGACUGCUUUGUCGUUCUUGCAGGCAUUGCGAGCUUUUGUGGUGACGUUCUAGUUUGCAUAAUGCCGGGUGAUGGCCUAGGUCUACACUUGUGGACACUUGAUGCUAAGCAUCUGAUGUUGUAUUUCAAGCACAUCUAUUCCACCAAUGCGGCAUAUUGUGCCAGUGCCACUCUGAUCAAGCUCUCCAUCCUCUUCCAGUAUUUACGUGUGUUUGCUGAAUCUGCGCCAUCAGCAACCACGAACGGAUACCGCCUCGCCAGGCGCCUCACCUGGAUGAUGAUUGUAAUCUGCACACUAUGGGGCUUGACAUUCUUCCUGCUAGCAGUCUUCCCAUGCCGCCCCAUAGCCAAAAAUUGGAACAUGAACCUUCCGGGCCGGUGCAUUGGUUGGGGUGCCAAGGAUCCCUCCAAAUUCUUUCCCAUGUUCCUUGGCCAUUCUGUUAGCAAUCUGGUGCUCGAUGCUAUGGUGCUGCUCCUGCCUCUUCCGUUCGUCACUGCAUUGAGGAUCGCAGGUAAGAGCAGAGCAGGACUGAUUGGUCUAUUCAUACUGGGGUCCGCUGUUGUACUGGUAGCAUUGGGCCGCUUAAUCGCUCUCACAGUAAACCGCGCCGGCACAAUACCCAUGCUUGAUAUGUCAUUCCAUACACCGGUCGUGUACAUCUUUGCCGUUCUCGAGGUCAAUUUUGCCAUCAUCACUGCUUCAAUCCCGAUAUUCUGGCCAGUUAUAGCAACGCUGGCAUCCAACAAGAUUUUCGUCGUUAAUGAAGUUGAGAUACGUGUGGAGGAUAUAGCGAGGCAUGAAAGCUUUGACUCCAACGGCGCCAUCAGCUUGACCGACAGAAAAGAUACACCAAGCGGAGACAGCAAGACUGGCAUGGUGUCUACGAUACUGGAUCACAUUCCUCGCAGGUCGGGAGAAAAGAUUAGCAGCGGCAACCACGCGCGAGGCAGCAGCGCCGCUUCAUCCAUCCACCAGCCCAUGGGCACGGGCUUUGUAGGACGCAAGGGCAGCAAUGCUUCGACGAUUGGGCGACCUUUUGCGGAGCUUGGGUCGCGUCCGAGCCAAGAUUCGUCACGCCACCUCUACCAGAUCUCUUCCAAAGAUCAGAGUUCCAGAAACCUAACGAAGAACGAUGGCGAUGACUGGUUUGCGGAGAUGGACAGGGUCAACCCGCACGGGCCGGUGACGACGACGGUCCAGAAAACGUCUGUGCCUUUUGAGCAUAUCAAAGCGUUUGAUAACAAGUAG